UGUUUGACAUAUGAAGGCAAACCACUUUUUAUCACUCACACUUGAUUAUCAGCAUCUAAUUUUCAUAGUGAAUGUAACGAAGUAAAUAACAAAAAACAAUAGUCAAUUUUCUCCUAAUAUUAUAAACAAAGUUCAAGUUUGCAAGAUAAAACGCAAGUGAUGAACAGAGAGCAAAUACGUCGCAAUAUUACCUUGAAGACAUUGUAACUAAAUUUGAUUCCCCAUUUGGAAUUAAAUACCUUACAAUAUUACCAAUAGUGAACCAAAUCAAUAUAAACGAAACCAUUAUAUACUCUUUGAAACUUUAGCAGCUCUGUAGAAAAUAUUAAUCGUAUUAAUAAUUUUUAAUCAGAUUUGAUAUAGUAAAUCUUCACAAUAAACGGAUUUUGGAGAAGGUGUCUAACAAAAAUACAACUUGCAGAAUGGUUGAACCUAUUUUUGAUUACCAAUUUCGGCUGAUUCUAAUUGGUGAUAGUACAGUGGGCAAAAGUUCGUUACUCAAAUUCUUUACAGAUGGUAAAUUCGCCGAGCUAUCUGACCCCACUGUUGGUGUUGACUUUUUUGCCCGCUUGAUGGAAAUGAAGGAUGGAACCCAAAUAAAACUCCAACUAUGGGACACAGCUGGUCAAGAACGUUUUCGCUCAAUUACAAAAUCAUACUACCGAAACUCGGUUGGGGUAUUGUUGGUAUAUGACAUAACAAAUUAUGCUAGCUUUGAACAUAUUUCGCUUUGGAUGAUGGAAGCCCAGCGCCACAUUGAACCGCAUCGCCCAGUGUUUGCAUUAGUCGGUUGUAAAUUAGACCUGGUAAAUGCCGGUGGUCGUCGAGAAGUAAAUACAGAGGAAGCACAAACUUUUGCCAACCAAAAUGGCUUGCAUUUUGUUGAGACUUCAGCUAGGAAUGGUGUUAACGUUGAAGAAGCUUUUCGUAUGGUUACACAGGAGGUAUAUGCACGAAUACGUUCAGGAGAAUACAAAGUAGAGGAUGGCUGGGAUGGUAUAAAAACUGGAUUUGCACGUCCAAAUAGCUUAGAUUUUAAUUUGGUUAUGGCUGAGCCAGAAAAAUCGUCUUGUUGCUGAUAUGUUUGUAAAUGAUGCUUAAUUAAAAGUCACUGAAUGGCAAAA